AUGAGUUCGGCCCGGAUGUUUCGCGAAAUUUACAUGAACAUUCCUAAUAUGCGAGGACCAAAGGAGGAGAGCUUCGAGGAACGCCGCGUAGCAGACUACAUCAAAGCUUAUACGACGACAGGCAAGCCUCCAGCACCAUGUCCGACCGUUCCAACCGAUCCUGCGCGCCGCGCAACCAUGGGGCUUCCGCCGCUCUUUGAACCGUAUUCAGAGGUCGUGUCGUCGAGCGAUUCUGGUAUGACGUCCGGAAGUGCUGCGACGUCUGCAAACGUUUCAAUAUCUGCUCUGCCGAGCAGCAGCGGGAUCCCGGACGUACAAGUUUGGCAUCCUGUCAGGAUAUCCGGGGAUGCAUUGGGAGGCGUUUUCCAGAGCAUUGCAGCCCAGCCUGAGUUCAGUUCCUUCUCGUUUGAGGAAUUGCGGCUGAAAGCGUACCGGAAGGGUUUGAAGUUCGCGAACGUUUCUCAACCAUCUGCUGUGGCCCCUUCAACGUCGAAUGCGCCACAACGCCUCACGAAUGGCGCAGACGCGGAGAAACUGCAAAACAUAUCUUGCAAUCCAAGGUUUGAUAAGCACAGUGCUGAGGAAUUGCGGUUAGCAUUUCUCCGUUCUGGUCGUGAAUUGACAUCACAUGAGAUCAUCCAGCAGAGCCGUACACUCGGCCUCUCAUGA